AUGUCCAAUUCGCAACCCACGGAGCAUGAUUCAACCGGUAGCGGGAACGAGAGGUCAAACUCUCUCUUAGCCAACGCGCGCUGCAGCUUCUGCUUCACCUGCUGUUUCGGUUCCCGGCGCCGUUCGGCCAGCGUCGGAUUCGCGUGGUGGGAGCGCGUGCGGGCCACAUCGUCGUCGUUGUCCGACUCGCACUCCGAAGCGCAACCGGCGAUCGGGAGCCCCGGCGGCCGGCGCUGGUGGUCGCGCGGAGCCACCGCCCUCUUGAAGGUGCGCGAGUGGUCGGAGCUCGCCGCAGGGCCUCGGUGGAAGACCUUCAUCCGACAGUUCAACAGGAGCCGGAGCUGCGGUUCGCGCCACGCGCCGGGGAAGUACCAGUACGACCCCUUGAGUUACGCCUUGAACUUCGACGAGGGGCAUAACGGGGAUUUCGACGAUGAUGGUUUCGACGGUUUACGGAAUUUCUCCACCCGUUACGCCGCCGCUCCUCCGUUAAAGUCCGUUUCCACAUAUUCCAGUCAAGACGUCGUCGAUUCAAGCUAG